UUCGCUGCACAUGCGGAAGUUUCAUAACAACAAUAACACAGUGAAGCUGUAGAAACUGUAACACCAGUUUGAAGGUUAUAGUUAAUAACUAUAGCAGGAUGGUCAACCUCGGUCUCACUAAAGUUGAUGAUGCGGUUGUAGCAAAGCACCCGGGUUUGCAGCAGUAUGCCGCUUGUCAGUCUUACGCCUUUAUGAAAGGCACAGCAAGCUUCAUACUGGGCACAGCUGGUUUAUUUUUUGCACAGCAAGCACUUCAGAAAAGAAUCCCAUAUCCCCUUCAGUGGAACCUUCUAGUGUCUGUUGUUUCUUCCUCAGUAUUCAGCUAUGCAGUAACUCGCUGGGAAACCAUGAAGUGCUCAGACUUGUGGUUAUUUCUUGAGACAGGAAAUGUUCCUGACAGAAACACUCCUAAGGAAGAAGCACAAAAUCCUGCAACACCUGUAGAUCCCAAAGCCACACGAUAUGGGGAUGUGAUGGAAUGAGCUCAAACCUUUGUUUGUGUAAUAGCCUGAAUGGCCAAUAAGAAGACUGUUUAUUUCAAGGAAUUGCAUUGAGUGGAAGAUUUUAGGAGGAUGUUUGAUUUUGGUUCUGGUUGUAUCUGGUUAAAACAAUUUAAAUAUAUACUGUGUGUGUCAAUAAACAAUUCAUAUUAAGAAUUGUUUUGCUUUCUCACCUGGCUUAAUCAAAUGUUCUAUGAAAAAAGUGUCUAGUUUGAUUUUAGUUAACGAGUUUUGAAGAUCUUUGUCAAAUUUCCUUGCAGUCCAUCAUGGGAUCAGUCAUCUAUCAGUCAGUCUGCUACAGGGGCACAUUUUUGUUCCUUUAUCUAAAGAAACAACUCUGUUUCUCAAAUUGACGGCACCACAGUGGCAAGGGUUUUUGCCAUUUUCAGUAAACAGAGGAGCUUUUAUUCUAAGAGUGUACCUGAAAGAUGAGAAGGGUGGAGGAACAAAAAGACAGAUAACAUCAUAGGAAGAUGCUGUUUGUGCCAGGUUGAACUGAAGUCCCAGGAUUGUGGACAGUUGUGA